GGCCCUGGUCAGCAGCGUGCCUCUCUUCCUCCACAAGAUGGAGGUCUUCAGAUGGAGGACUUCACCUGCAUCUCAGUUCUGGGGAGAGGUCACUUUGGGAAGGUUCUGCUAGCAGAGAACAAGAAGUCUGGGAAGCUGUUCGCCCUCAAAGCUCUGAAGAAAGGAGACAUCGUGACGCGGGACGAGGUGGACAGCCUCAUGUGUGAGAAGAGGAUCCUCCAGGUCAUCAGCUCCUCCCAUCAUCCCUUCCUGGUGAACCUGUCUGGAUGCUUCCAGACUGAGGACCAUGUGGUCUUCGUCAUGACCUACUCACCCGGAGGAGACCUCAUGACCCACAUCCACAGCAGCAUCUUCUCUGAGGACCAGGCCCGGUUCUACUCGUCCUGUGUGCUGCUCGGCCUGGAGUUCCUCCACCAACAGCACAUCGUCUACAGGGACCUGAAGCUGGACAACCUGCUGAUGGACGCGGACGGCUUCGUCAGGAUAGCCGACUUUGGCCUGUGCAAAGAAGGGAUGCGGCAUGGCGACCGCACCACGACGUUCUGCGGGACUCCAGAGUUCCUGGCCCCCGAGGUGCUGACGGAGAACACGUACACCCGCAGUGUGGACUGGUGGGGUCUGGGGGUCCUGGUCUACGAGAUGCUGGUGGGGGAGUCUCCGUUCCCGGGCGACGAUGAGGAGGAGGUGUUCGACAGCAUCGUCAACGACGACGUGCGCUUCCCCCGCUUCCUGUCCCCGGAGGCGGUGUCCCUGAUCCAGAAGCUGCUGCAGAAGAACCCCGAGAAGAGGCUGGGAGGAGGAGAGGAGGACGCCCAGGAGAUCAAGAGACACAAGUUCUUUAAGCGAGUAGACUGGGCCGCCCUGCUGGCCAAAGAGCUGCAGCCGCCCUUCCUGCCGGUGAUCCGAGCCCAGAAGGACGUCAGUAACUUCGAUGAGGAGUUCACGCGCCUGCAGCCGGUGCUGACCCCCCCACGGACCCCCUGCUCCCUCACCGAGGAGCAGCAGGAGAUCUUCGCCCACUUUGACUUCUCCUCCUUGAGUUGACUCCUCACGGCCUGAAGGGCUGCUGCUCCUCUUCCUCCUGCCACUCCUCAAACUGCAGAUGAGUCACCGGUCAGACUUUAUGAAAUGUGUCUCCAUCCUUUUACAAACGUUGUUCUCACUGUAAAUAUUUGAUCUUAAUGAAGAAGUUUCUCUUCUAUUUAUUUCCCCAUGACAUCAUCUGUUGUUCAUUGGCUCAUGAGUGCUGUAGUUUAAACGCUGUGCUCUUGUAGAACAUGUGAGUGUAAAUAACAAUGAAUAAAUCUGACUUUAAAUUAC